GUGAAGUAGCGCCCAGAGUCAGAAUCUAGUGCUGGCCAUCGACUCGAUCUCCACUCGUAAAAGUGGAUCCGAGUGACGUCCGCACACUAGCAGACCGGCUCUGGAGACACACCCCAGCACUUGCCGCACACCCUCAGACUACGCCCAUACCUCAAUGUAUGGACGCCUCAUUGGGCGCUUACAAAUACACCUACAGAUCAAAAUGGACCAUGUGUACUCUACCCUGGCAACCCGACUUCAUGUCCCGAACUAAAUAUGUACCCUAUAACAGCACAUCACCAGCACAACCCACCAAUGACCCCAGCACUUGUCAUUGUACCGGCUGUCAUUGCCUCAGCAGGUGCGGAUUACCUUUGUAUCGAGCCCGAUACACUGACCAGCCAGGCACAAAUGUGCAGACUCAAGUACUCCAAAGUAACUGGUCAGCAACGCACCGCAGGUGACCCAAGACUUACAAACUGCUCGCGUAUCACCUGCAAACCCUACCCGGUGACCCCAGCAAGUACAAACUUACCGGUUGUCACGCCCCACCUGGUGCGGAUUACAUUCUGACUAGUCAUGCACCACUGUGCAACUCGAGUACUUCAAGACUAAUCAGCAACGCAUCACAGGUAUCCCCCAACUGUACAACAACUGUUUACUUCAUUUCAAAUAAACCCGGUGACCCUAGCUGAUAAUUGUGCUAUUAGAUCACACUCCAUCUGUGCGAAUUACCUACGUAUCAUUGACGCAAUCUAACUAGUGCCAACGAUACACUGACCAGACUUGCACAACCGUGCAAACUCGAGUACUUUUAAAUUUGUCUGGCCAGCAACGCACCGGAGACGCUCUAUUAUAAACCGUGCAAAAAAAGCACAGAAGGAGCAUCCCCAAACCCCACCACGUCCCAAGUGCUUUCACACUAAAGGGACAUCUCAUAAUUCUCCGCUAGAUGACCCAAGUGCCAAAGCACUAGUGUGUCACCUACUAAUUCCACUUCCCAACAAAAUCUUCAACCCUGAAACUCCCUUGUUUUGUCACCCUAUUUCUGCAACCACUUCCACAUUCUGUAUCCUUGUUUAUUUUUUAUCUUUUCCAUUUUCCGUUCCAAUUCUCCCUCCACCAUCACAUAUUUAUAAAUUAAUUUGGCUAAUGUUAAGCCUUUUCCUUUAGAUUAUAAUCACUUGUGUGUCUUCAUUGUUUUGCUUCCUUUGCUUCUUCUUAUACUUACUUUUUUUCUGCUACCAAUUUCUGUCUCAGUCCUCUAAAUUGAGGUUAUUUAAUAACAUCCAGAUAAGUAUUCAACCUGAUUCCCCAGAUGUAACUUCAUUCAUUGAUUUAACCCCCAGGAGUGAGUGACAAUUGCUAAGAAUGUAUUCACUCAUUAUUCAUUCUUGUAAUUCUUGAUAUCUUUUAGUUUUUAUUUUUUUCUUG